UUCAAGAUGGCGCUGUGCUCUAAGAUAAACAAGUAAGAUGGCCACCGCCUGAUCCUGCCAUCCCUGCACAGCCUGGCCACCCUUGACACAGGCAGUGAUGGGCGUCUGGGGCGUGGCGGGACCAUGGUGACGAGUGGGGCGCGUGGCAAUGAGAGAGUCGAGCCCCGAAACUACCAUGAUCACGGCCAAGGUCAUGAGACUUCUGCGUAACAAAGUGUUCCUCAGUGUGGUGCUCUUGGUGGGCGUGGCCUACUGUGGACUGUCACUCUGGGCGGAGAAGUCGAGUGGGCCGGGCGAGGAUGAGGGUGAGGUUGGCAGCCGUGUGGAGUUCCAUUGGGGGCCGGACCUGGUGAACGGCUCACUGGGCACCAAGGUCACCACUUGCCGCAACUCAGUGCAGGGCAAGGUGCUGCUGGCGGAUGAUCAGGGCUAUGUGUGUCACCGAGUGGAUCGUUUGAGUACCGGGUGUUGCAAUGUGGCGGUGGAGACGACCCACCGUCACGCCUGCGACACCUGUAACACCCACGGCUGCUGCGCCAUUUAUGAGUACUGUGUCUCCUGCUGCCUCCAUCCCGAUAAGAAAUCGCUGCUGAAGAAGGUACUAGGGCAGAUCAGCGAGAACAGCCCCUUGUAUGCCUCAGUCUCGGACCACUUUGAGCUGUGCCUGGUGAAGUGUCGGACCUCCAGCCAGUCGGUGCAGCACGAGACACUUUACAUUGAUCCCAGAGCCAAGCAUUGCUACAGCCAAGGCCCCCUCACCGCCAAUAGUGAAACCUGAACACACACGCACUCACUCUGGUAGAUAGAUUGACAGAUUGAUAGAUAGAACACACACACGCGCACACACACACACACACACAGAUAAAAUGUAAAAGAAGACUAACAUGGACACAAGCAUGCACACACACUGGUAGAUAGAUAAAUAGAUGGAUUGUCUGAUAGAUAGAGAGGUAGAACACACACACACACACACACACACACACAGGUUGAUACAUACAUAGAUAAAAUAGAUAAAAAACAGUGAAACAUGAACACACACAUACACACACAUAUGCACACACACAUACACACAUGCAUAUACAUACACAUAUACACACACAGGUAGAUAGAUUGAUAGGUAGAACACACACACUCAUACACAUAUACUCACAUACAGGUUGAUAGAUACAUAGAAUGAUUGGAUAGAUGUUUGAGUGGUGUAGGAUAUGACACACACACACACACACACACACACACACACACACACACACACACACACACACACACACACACACAGACACACACACAUAAAGCGAAUGUGACUCAGUGUAAAUAUAUUAAUAAGUAAAUGAGUUGGUGGAUAAACACACACACACACACACACACACACACACACACACACACACACACACACACACACACACACACACACACUUCUUGGCUGGUCCAGGAACUCUCAUCAUUAACGUCAAAGCAAUUUUAUAUUCAUUUUUUUUAUUCAAUUAUUUUUUUCCAUCUCACUGUUUUUCCCUCUUUCUCUUCCUUAUUUUCAUUGUUCUCCUUCUUUUGUUCAUUUUGUUUUGAUUCCUUGAUUCUUUUCCCUCUCUCUUAUUGUUCUUUCCUAUUUUUCUUCCUUUUUUUCAUGAUUUUCCUCCUUUGGUACAUUUGUGUUGGUGGGGAGUACACUUUUUGAAUUAGCUUUUGUAUCUCCUCAUCUACACAUUCCUCUUAUUGUUUAUUUUACUAUUCUUUCUUAUUCUUCUCUCUUUUCUUUUAUAUUUUCACAUUUCUCUUUCUCUUGUUCAUUUGGGUUGGUGGGGUUUGUACCUUUUGAAUAAGCUUUUGUAUCUGUUCAUCUACAUAUUUCUCUUAUCCUGUUAUUCAUCUAGUUAUUCUCUCUUACUGUUCUUUUCUCUCUUUUCUUCUUUUUUUUCCUUCUCUUGUUCAUUUGGGUUGGUGGGGAGUGUACCUUUUGAAUUAGGUUUUGUAUCUGUACUUCCUCAUAUUCCUCAGUUCUUCGUUAUCUUCCACAUUUCAAGCACUCCACUCAUCUUCCUCCACUUGUUUUCCUCCCUUCACCACCUCAACACUUUAUAUUUUCAUUCCACAUCCUCUCAUUCCUUUAUUUUUCAUUAUCUUCCAUAUUUUAAGCACCCAUUCAUCUUUUUCCACUAGUUUUCCUCCCAUCACCACCUCAACACUCAAUAAUUUUCCUCCACAUCCUCUUUUAUUCACAUUUUCCACAUUAAAUUUUUGUGUCAUAGGUUGGUAUUCAGAGAUGCUUUGUUCUCUCACCUCGACUAUUUUCAAAGGCCACAGAAAUGAUUAGCGUCAUUUUCAAGAGUGUUUCUCCAGUUAAUAAUGCAGAAAUCUUGUUACUCUGCCUCUAGAACUACAAAAACGUCCUUGAAAAUGUUCUAUUCUCUCACCAUGAUUGUUUUCCCAAGCCACAGAGAUGACAAGCAGGGUUUUCAAGAGUGUUUCUCCAGUUGAUAAUGCAGAAAUCAUGUCAAUCUGCCUCUAGAAAUGUAAAAACACCUUAAAAAAAUAAUGUAAAUUUAGAUAAAGCCUUUUAGUAAUAGUGAAGGUGAAGCGCAGGAGUGUUUGUGAAUUCCAACCAUAUUUUUGAACACGUCCUGACACUUGGUGGGUUGGCGUGGGUUGGUGUGUUCUGUGGCAGCUGUGUGUGGGGUGUAUACAGGGUACCAGGGUGUAGGGUGUAGCCAGGGCCUUGUCAGGGUGUAGAAGGGUGAGGAUGUCUAUGUGUGUGUAUGUGGUAACCUUUUUUUUUUUUUUUUUUUGUUUUGUUUUGUUUGUCUUUGUUUGGGAAAUUGUGUCUUUUUCUUUUUCUUUUUUCUCUUCAUUCAUAUAUAUUUUUUUUUUAUCAUUUUAUUUGUUUUUAUUUUGUCUGUGUUGGAAAUUGUGGUUUUUCUUCGUUUUUUGGUUGUGUUUUUCUUUCUUUCUUUCUUUCUUUCUCUCUUUUUCAACCUUCAUCAUUUUUUUUUUAUCAAUUUUUUGUCUUUUUAUUCAUUUUCAUUGUCUUUUUGUUGUAAUUACUGUGCUCAUCUUUAUUUUGGUCCUGUGUUUUUCUUCCUUUCUCUUUCUUUGUCUCUUUUCAUUCAUAAUUUUCCAUUCAUAAUUUUCUUUCAAUCUUUUUAUUCCUUUUCUUUGUUUGUCUUUGUGAUGGAAAUGAUGUAUGUCUUUAUUUUGGUUGUCUGUAUCUUUCUAUCUCCAUCUUUCUCUCUUUUCAUUCAUUUUUACAUUUAUCUAUUUUUCCCUCCUAUUUUUCUAUUAUGAAGGGUUAAAAUGACAACUAACCUAUAUUUACCCUUCCUUACCCUUAUUAUACCCUUAGUUACCCAUAUUUACCCUAAUUUUACUUAACUUUCCCUAAUUAACCCUUACUUAAUCCUUACUUAACCUUAUUUUAUCAUUAUUUACCCUUAACCAUUAUUUAGUCCUAAUUUCCCUGUAUUUAGUCCUUAUUUCCCAUUAUUUUACCCUUUCUCACCCUUCCUCACCCUUCUUUCCCCUUAUUUACCCUGUGUGACCCUGGCUACCCCUGCCGCUGGGUAUAUUAGUGUAGGGCUUUCAGUGUGUGUGUGUGUGUGGCAUGUGUGGUGUGUGUGUGUUGUGUGUGUGUGUGUGUGGCAGUGUGUGGUGUGUGGUGGUGUAUGGCAGUGUUGAUGUGUGUGUGUGGUGUGUGGCAGUGCUGUGUGUGUGUGUGUGGUGUGUGUGGCAGUGGUGGUGGUGGUAGUGGUGAGGUCUGCCAUGCCACACCACAUCACUCCAUCCCAUUGUUUGUGUUUGUUGUUGUUUGUGCUGAUGACCGGCUGACGAGAAGGAGAAUUUAGAGAAAGCACUUUGAAAUAAAUGCAAACACUUGGAAAUGAGAGAAAAAUACUUCAGAAUAAUAAGAAAGAAUAAUGAUAAUGAAAAGACACUUGAAAAUAGUAAUAAGGAAAUGCUGAAAAUAAGGAAAAACUUGAAAAUUGUAAGAAAACACUCAUUGAUACUAAAAAACACUUGAGAAUAAGAAAUGUCAAAACGAGAGAAAAAAAUUGAAAAUAAGGAGAAAUGCUGAAAACAAGGAAAAAUAAUAAGGAAAACACUGAAAAUAGGAAAAAACUUGAAAAUAAUGAAAAAUACAUCAACUUUGUAAAGAAAUAGAUUGCUUCAUUAUUUAUUAUGUUAUUUGUGAUGAUCCAGGAAAUAAGAAGAAAAAAAAAAACAAAAUAAGAAAAAAUGUGAAACUCAAAAGAAAUACACACCAGAUCAUGCCAUUAUGUAUAUUUUAGUUAUUUGUGAUGAUAAUUAGAUAAAAAGAAAGAAAAAUAAGAUAGAAACACUAAGAUAUAAGUAAAAAGAUAAGAAAAUAUAUGAAACUCAAAAGAAAUAUAUAAAUACCACACCAGAUCAUGCCAUUAUGUAUAUUUUAUGUGCAAUUUGCUUAAAACAAGGAAAAUAAGAUAAAAACAUUAAAAUUUAUAAAAGAAAAAUAAGAAAAAAAGUUGAAAUUGUAAAGAAAUAUAUAAAUGUACGCAAGAUUGGUCUGUUAUGUUUUUAUGUGCAAUUAGGUAAAAACAAAGAAAAUAUGAAUAAAACACUAGAAUAUAAGUAGAAAAUAAGACAAAAGGGUGAAAUACUGUCAAGAAAUGUAUAAAUGUCUCACCAGAUCAGCCCACUAUGUCUUUUUUCAUGUGCAAUUGUC